CGACAUCACAGUGCAGCGUGUGGGUCAGUGGUGAUUUAGUUUACACGUCAAAACAAAACCAUGUUUUUAGUAAAUUCUCCACAAAACAUGAAUAAUCGGGUUUGAAAUAAGAUAAACCACAAUUUCACAAGCAAAGCUGCGUCGCCAAAGUCCUUGAUGGCUUCACUGAGUGUGUGUUGGCAUGUGAUCAGAGCUGCCAGGUUCCACAUUAGUCCAUUUUCAACAUCUAAAUCAUGGAUCUGCACCAGGACGGUUUCUCUAGGGGACAAGAACAUUGUGCUCAUGGGUCCACCGGGGGCAGGGAAGACCACAGUGGGCAGGGUAGUGGCCCACAGACUGGGUCUGCCAGUCGUGGACGUAGAUGACGACGUCUUGGAAGCCACGUGGAAGAUGCCUGUGGCUGCCAAGUUAACAUCGGUGGGCGGAGAGCGUUUCCUUGAAGAGGAAGGUCAGGCUCUGUGUAACUUCUCCGCCUCCGGCUGUGUCAUUUCUCUGAGCGGCUCUAACCCACUCCACGCUGCGGCGAUGCAGCACGUCAGACACAGCGGCCUGGUCGUCUACCUGGACGUGGACAUCGAGGACAUCAUGCAGAGACUCAACAGCAUGAAGGUGAACAGGAUUGUGGGGCAAGAUGGCGGCAUGUCCAUGCGGGACAUUCUGCAGUACAGGAGGCAGUUUUACGAGAAAUGGCUGGACGUGCGCGUGCUGUGCGGGACGGGAGACACGGUGGAGGACGUCGCAGAGAAGGUGUUGAAGGCCGUGGAGAGACAUCAAACGCACGCUGCAGAGACGUACGUGUCCACCAGGUGUGACGACGUGGCCUUGUGUGAUCACAAGACAUACUUCAGUGAUGUUGUUGUGAAGGGUUUGGCCACAGACGGUGGCCUCUAUGUUCCCAAAAAUGGCCUCCCAAAAAUCCCUGCUUGUGAGUGGCUGAGGUUAGCCGACAUGUCAUACCCAGAACGGGCGUUAGUUUUACUUGAAAAGUGCAUCCACCCGUUGGACGUGUGCGCUUUGGAUUUGAGGACGAUGGUGUUCAAAUCGUACGGGUCCAACUUUGCCAGCGAGGCGGUUGCACCUGUGAAACAUCUCAGCAGUAACCAGUACGUCCAGGAGCUUUUUCACGGCCCCACCGCCUCGUUUAAAGACCUCGCCCUGCAGCUCAUGCCCCAACUUUUUGCCCACUGCCUCCCUCCGAUGUGCAACUACCUCAUCCUGGUGGCCACAUCCGGAGACACGGGCAGCGCAGUGCUGAGUGGUUUCAGCAGACUGGACAGAGUCGACAGACACAAGACGGGCGUGCUGGUGUUUUUCCCGGAGUACGGGGUGAGUGAGAUUCAGAAGCUCCAGAUGUUGAGCUAUGGGGAGGGAAACGCCCGAGCCGUUGGCGUCCGCUCGGACUUUGACUUCUGUCAGAGGAACAUCAAGAGGAUGUUCGGCGAGUCCGGGCUGACGGGACACCUUGCUGUGGAGUACGGCACCGUCCUCAGCACCGCCAACUCCAUCAACUGGGCCCGGCUGUUGCCACAGGUGGUGUACCAUUCCUCAGCGUAUUUGGAUUUGUGCAGAGACGGUGUCAUCGCGUUCGGGGACCCCGUCGACGUCUGCAUCCCCACCGGCAACUUUGGCAACGCCAUGUCCGCCGUGUACGCCAAGCGAAUGGGAAUCCCGAUCAGAAAAGUCAUCUGCGCGUCCAACCACAACCGCAUCGUCACGGACUUUAUCACCACGGGUGAGUACGACCUGCGGGGUCGGCCGCUGAAGCCCUCCCACUCCCCUGCCAUAGACAUCCUGAAGUCCUCCAACCUGGAGAGGUUCAUCCACCACGUGUCAGACGGGGACGGUCGUCUGGUCCAGGAACUCUUCACGCGUUUAGACCGGGAGCAGCACUUCCAGAUUUCCAAGCCUCUUCUCAGCAGGAUACAGCAGGAAGUGUUGGCGGGCUGGUGCUCGGAAGACGACUGCCUGGCCGCAAUCCGGACGCUUCACACACAGACGGGCUACGUCAUGGACACACACACGGCCGUGGCUAAAGUGGUGGCAGACCGGCUGCAGGACGGCUCGUGCCCCGUGGUGCUCUGUUCCACCGCUCACUACGGGAAGUUCGCCCCCGCUGUGUUCAAUGCCUUACAAGUCCAGGAUGUUCCAGAGGAUCCAGUCGAGCAGCUGCAGAAGCUCGGGCGCUCGGCGACGUCCAGACCUGAGACGCACGCGGACAUGAUGAGAAGUCUGGGACAGAGCGGCAGGAGGGGACACGCGGUUUGUCAGGCAGAGUACGGUGAGAUGGUGGAGCAGGUGGAGAGCAUGAUUCAGGACUGCUUCAUGAAAGUGGGCUAGAAUUCAACUCAAGGUUACAUGUUAAAGCUGUAGUAUGCAACUUUUCAUGACAAACAAAUGUUCACACAAGACUGAUUAAAUCUGUCAGCAUCGCA